AGCAAACUUUAUCAAAAUGCCACAAAUUAUUGAAUCUGGCAAGGACUUUGAUGUGGUCAAAUACUUCCUGCAGCUCCUGGACAAGGACAAGGAUAUGUCGUACGGCAUUGCGGCCAUUAGGACGCUCCUUAUGAUAUUGGAGAAGAAACAAUUUGGGACGAUCCACAUUCUGCACACGACCAUGAGGGAGGCGGUGGCAGCCAUGCGGAAUACGGAUUUGUCUAUAGCAGCCAUCGUGUCGGCCGGCGAACUCUUCUGUCGGUUCAUAACGCUCAGUCUGGACGAUAAGCAUAUGGAAGAGUGCCGCCUAAUAAUGCUCAAUCGUGGUAAAAUCUUUCUGGACAAAUUGGACAACUCUCGCCAGGUGAUUGGACAGCAGGCGCAACGUUUUAUUAGCGACGGCUGCCGCAUAUUGACACACUCGAGAUCCCGAGUUGUGCUCAAGGCUCUUAUUACAGCCUCGCAAAACAAAAAGUCCUUCCACGUGUACGUUACUCAGGGCGGCACAGGAAACUCUGGGGAGGAGAUGAUCCGCGACUUGAAUGCGGCUGGCAUCGCCUGCACUUUAAUACUGGACUCCGCCACAGGCUAUGUAAUGGAAUCGGUUGACUUUGUGAUGGUGGGUGCCGAGGCAGUGGUUGAAAGCGGCGGCAUUAUUAACCGAAUUGGAAGCUACACAAUGGGCCUGUGUGCGCGGGAGAUGAAAAAGCCCUUCUACGUACUCGCUGAGAGCUUCAAGUUCACGCGUCUCUAUCCAUUAAAUCAGCGCGAUCUGCCCGAUGAGUACAAGUACUCGCGCAAGCAUCUCAACGAUGUCUCCAAGGUCCAUCCCCUGGUGGACUACACACCUCCGGUCUACAUUACGCUGCUCUUCACCGAUCUGGGCAUACUGACGCCCUCGGCAGUGAGCGACGAGUUGAUCAAAUUGUACAUGUAAACAAUAAACAAAAAAAUAAUAUAUGCAUA